AUGGGCUCUUCUCAAUCUUAUGGUAAAAACGCGGGAGAUACUUUUUACCAAAAUCAUCCUGAAAGCAUUAAUUUACAAUGAAAAAGCAUAGAAAACCUCAUUAAUCAAAUAAAAGCAUCUGACAUAAAAGAACAUAAGCUAAAAGCUUUCGCAGAAAUUUUAACUAUUUGCAGUAGCCCCAAUUUCCUAUCAGCCUCACAAAUUCUCCCAUCAUUUGAGAUUAUGUUUAGCUUUUGCGACGAAGAUUUAAUUUUAGAUACUAUAGAUCUUCUAUUAAAUCACAUACAAGCAUAUCCCGAAUCCAUAAAUUUUCUUAUUAGCCACGGACUUCUUCAGGACCUCUCUAAGCUAUGCACAAUUGGAUCAGAAGAAAUAGCCGAGGCCUCAAUUAAAUUUUUAAAAGAAGUUACAGAGAGUAAUGAAGAUGCAAGACUUAUCCUGUAUUUUUCAGGCACAAUUGAAAUUUUAUCGAAACUAAUAAUUUCCGAAAAUUUAGAAAUUAGAACUAAUGCAAUUGAUAUUAUAUAUGCUAUAGUACAUUAAAUACUUACUCCCCAAUAAUAUAUUUAAACAGUUUUAUAGUUAAAUCAAUAAUUUUUUUUAAAUUAUUUCUACGUAAAAAUAAAUUAAAAAUUAAAAGUAUUGCUCUCGUUUAUAUUUUUUUAAGGUUUUAAGAGAAAAUUUUAAAUAUAAUUUUUUGAAGCAAAAAUUUAACCCUCUUAUUGGAAUCCAAUUUAAAGGCGGGUUUAAAAAUUAUAGGUAUUACUACCUAUUUUAUUAGUUAACAAAUUUUGUUGAGUUUUAAAAUAUCUAUAAAAUUUGUGCCAAAAUAUUUAAAAAAAUAUACAAAGUAUACUAUCCUAAUGAAAUUACGUUGGGAAAGCUCAUUUCUUCAGAAACGCUUACAAAUUUAAUCACGACUGCAAAAUCAAGCUACUGAAUUGACAGAUUUUCUAUUGCUGUUAUUCUGGACAAAACUAUUGAAGUAGGGUCUGAAGAGCAAAUAGAAAAAAUCAUUGAGCUCGGAGUCCUUGAUUCUUUAUUGGAAAAUCUAACCAGCGAGUCUGUAUUUUUAAUAAACUCCUCACUAAAUUGCCUUGAGAGGAUCCUUGAAAUUGGUGAAAAGGACAGAAUGGAAAAUCCUUAUAAAAUUUUGUGCAAAAAAUCUCCCUAUUUUGGAAUAAUAGAGGAGCUAUCAGAGAAUAAUUCUUUAGCCAAAGCAAUUUGUGAAAAAUAUUUUUCCAAUAAAAAGAUGAUCAGGUUAAAUGAAUUUGUGAAUUUUGCAAUACAAGAGUCUAGCAUCAGAGAAGAGGAAUCUGAUGGAGACUUUUCAAGCACAGAUGAAAGUAUUAAAGAUUAA